UAAAGCUCCUGAGAGCGAGUGCACGCGGCGGCAUCGGGAGCCGCCACCUCUGGGACCACCGCAGCUGGGGGGCGGGCGAGCAGGGCCGGAGCGCCGGGGCGGCGGGGUCGGUACCCCACAGUCGAGGCCGGGAGCGCACCCGCAGCUCCCCCAUAGUGGCCGCCCGCGGUCCUCGCUCGCCUGCGCUCCUAGAAGGGGCGGCCGCCUCCAGGUGACACAGACGGGACUCUCGCUUGCGCUUUCCAGAUGCAUCAGAGAUACUUUUGGACUGACCGAGGCCAAGCGGCGUUCGGCGGGCACUAUAUGGCCGAAGGCGAAGGGUACUUUGCCAUGGCCGAGGACGAGCUGGCCGGCGGCCCCUACGUCCCCCUAGGCGGCGACUUCGGCGGCGGUGACUUCGGAGGCGGCGGCAGCCUCGGCGGCCACUGCUUGGACUAUUGCGAGAACCCCACUGCGCACUGCAACGUGCUGAACUGGGAGCAAGUGCAGCGGCUGGACGGCAUCCUGAGCGAGACCAUCCCGAUCCACGGGCGCGGCAACUUCCCCACGCUCGAGCUGCAGCCGAGCCUGAUCGUGAAGGUGGUGCGACGGCGCCUGGCGGAGAAGAGCAUCGGCGUCCGCGACGUGCGCCUCAACGGCUCGGCCGCCAGCCACGUCCUGCACCAGGACAGCGGCCUGGGCUACAAGGACCUGGAUCUCAUCUUCUGCGCCGACCUGCGCGGGGAAGAGGAGUUUCAGACUGUGAAGGACGUAGUGCUGGACUGCCUGUUGGACUUCUUACCGGAAGGGGUGAACAAGGAGAAGAUCACGCCGCUCACACUCAAGGAAGCUUAUGUGCAGAAAAUGGUUAAAGUGUGCAAUGACUCUGACCGGUGGAGUCUUAUAUCCCUGUCAAACAACAGUGGCAAAAAUGUGGAACUGAAAUUUGUGGAUUCUCUUCGGAGGCAGUUCGAAUUCAGUGUAGAUUCUUUUCAAAUCAAAUUAGACUCUCUUCUCCUCUUCUAUGAAUGUUCAGAGAACCCAAUGACUGAAACAUUUCACCCAACAAUAAUUGGUGAGAGUGUCUAUGGUGAUUUCCACGAAGCCUUUGAUCACCUUUGCAACAAGAUCAUUGCUACCAGGAACCCGGAGGAAAUCCGAGGGGGUGGCCUGCUUAAGUACUGCAACCUCCUGGUGAGGGGCUUUAGGCCCGCCUCUGAUGAGAUCAAGACCCUGCAGAGGUACAUGUGUUCCAGGUUUUUUAUCGACUUCUCAGACAUUGGAGAGCAGCAGAGAAAACUGGAAUCCUACUUACAGAACCACUUCGUGGGGCUGGAGGACCACAAGUAUGACUAUCUCAUGACCCUUCAUGGAGUAGUAAAUGAGAGUACAGUGUGCCUGAUGGGACAUGAAAGGAGACAGACUUUAAACCUCAUCACCAUGCUGGCCAUCCGGGUGCUGGCUGACCAAAAUGUCAUCCCUAAUGUGGCUAAUGUCACUUGCUAUUACCAGCCGGCCCCCUAUGUAGCAGAUGCUAAUUUUAGCAAUUACUACAUUGCACAAGUUCAGCCAGUAUUCACAUGCCAGCAGCAGACAUACUCCACUUGGUUACCCUGCAAUUAAGAAUCAUUUUAAAAUGUCCUCUGGGGAAGCCAUUUCAGACAUGAUAGGGAAAAUAAAAACAAAACAAAACAAAAGAAAAACAAAAGGAUGAGUGACCCAGCCCUAAUCAGGGAUGUGUUUUAUUCAGUGGCAAUAUGCUCCAGAUUUUAAGCUUGGCAGUGCUUAUGGAUCUUUCCAUUGGUAAGGGAGCAUGAUCUCAACUGAUCAGCUUCCUUACCCCCCAUUCUUCUAUCUGAUUGGAUUCUAUCUUGAAACAAAAGAGGCCUGUUAUUAAAAGCAACCAGGUUUUUCUGAGAUAACAAGGGAAUUGAAAAAAAAAAUGCUUGAUGACAAUAUGGGUUUGUGACAACUGCCCCAUAGCUUUGCCACAGAGGAGGGGAUUGGUAGGAAAACUUUUAAGACGGCAUUUAAUACAGAGGAGAAAAGAUCCUACAGAGUUGUUCAGUCCAGGAGCAGCACCAGCUCAGUAACACCGUGGGAAGCAGCGCCCUCACUGGGGUUACUGUCUGUGCUUGCAGCCAGUGCUUUCUGUGGAAUGAUCCUGUCACAGCAAGGGCUGGCUCCACAGGAACAGUAGUAGGUUGGUGCCGUUCUCAUAACAGACAGCAGAACCUACGAUGACACACUUCAUUAAUUCCAGCUGCGCGCAUAGCUCGCAUUUUUAAAAUGUGAAAACGCAACCAAGGCAGCAGCUGUAGCAAAGAACCAUGCUCAAGGACCAAAGACUUAACAGAUAAAAUUCCCAAGUAGAAGAUACAGAGUAGGUUGUAUAGAGCUACUAUAUUUGUUAUACACCAGUUUACAUCAAAGUGCCUGUUGCUUUCUGAAACGUUGAAGUGGAAAAAAAAUAUUUUAUGGUUUAAUGAUUAUUUUAUUUUAUCAGGGACUCAAGAAGAAAAAUGAAACAACAUAUAAGCUUGUGAAUGGUGGAGGAAAUGCCCUAUUUUUUUCUUGGCAAAUACCUGUAUAAAGUUGAUACUGUUGGAGUGCUGUUAUCAUAGGUAUGUGUGUAUAUAUAGUGUGUGUGUACAUAUAUAUAUAUAUAUAUAUACACACACACUACUUUGACUAUGACCUAAAAUAAUGUAUCAAAUAGGAAAUGUUUAAAUACUAUGUUUUUUAUGUUUCUGAUAGGAUCACAUGAGACAUGGGCAUACUGCAAUGAUGAAUUUAAACCCAUAUCUAAAGAAUUAAAGAAAAUGGAGGGAAAUGCGUAAUAUAUUUGAUGGGAAGAGCAGAGAUUAUACACUUUUAGUGAGUUUUUUUUUUUCUUUUUCAGUGAACCAGAGAAUUCCACAAAUGGGAGGAUAUUUGUUUGGUAGAACACAUUUUUAUAUUGACCUGCCAUUUGGACAGUUUUAUUCCCACUUAAAAAUGUAUAUUUGCAUGCCUUCAAGGUAUAUAACUUGUGGAUAAUGGAUCAGUGAUAGGUACUUAAAUCCAUAACUACUAACAAGAAUUUCUGGUGAUCUGACACUACUUCUUAAUAUUUAAAUGAAUUUAUAAAUGAAUGCAUUCUGCAUUUCUGGACCACUAGAAUUUAAUAAAUGUGAAAUGACCCUUUUUAAAGAGUAUUUGCACAACUGCAUAAAGUUUAUAUAUAAGAUAUAUAUUAUAUAUACAUUUUAUAAAUUUAUGCCAAUAUGAAACAUGUUUGAUCUGGUUCUCACACUGCAUUUAAAUAUUUAGUACUGUACUUUAAAUUAAAUCACUUUGCAUUAAAUCGAACCCAACUUUAUUUUUCUUUUCCAUGAGACCAAUUAUACCAUUGUGAAAUGGACUGUCAUUACUAUUUCAGUUCAGUGACAGCUAAUCCUGACUCUUCUUUCCCAACCCUGUAGACACUGGUCCCUGAAACUACAUUUGUAAAAACAAAACAGUGCAUUAAAAACCUACCCUUUGUAUCAUGAACAAACCCUAUAAUCCCCAUGAACCCUAGUGGAUGACUUCUUCUGAUAACUACUCUAAAGACCCAGUCAGUUCAACAGGGCCAGAGGAAGAACACAGCACCCUCAUAGUAGCAAUGUGAUUGGCUGUUUGUUAUUUGAGCAUGUCUUGAAUGCCCAUCCCUAGGUUAGCCCAGGUUAAUCUGUACAGUCUACCUUUUGAGCAUCUUUAUUUGAAACCUUAGGAAGAACCAGAUGGGUUUGCUGCAGCAGCUGGCCUGUGAAUUCCCUCCACGCUGUCUCAGCCCCCACACAGCCACUCUAUUUUCUAGGGAACUCAUUCUACUCCCAUGUUGGCCCCAUCUCCCUCCUCGCUGUCCUGGGUUUGGAAAAUCAAUCGCAAAGUCCCAGGAAGCAUUAUUGAGCUUGAAGAUCAAGCCUGGCGCUCAUCUUUCAGCAGCCAGAGUUCUGCCUGCUUAGCUGUUUGCAAGUUUUCUAGAAGAGAACCAGCACCGCUUGGGAGCAGAGGUUUAUUUGGUGAAAUGAGCUUUCUGCACAUUUCCACUCUGGACACACGAGGUGUCCACUUUUUUGGAGAAGUCUGGAGAUCUCUGGCUCUGCCCCAGCAGAAGCCUGCUGCUAAUUUAUGACACAGGUUUUUGUUUGAAGGAGCCUUAUUUGAAAAUAUGCCUUUCAGUUAUUUUUUCAAUUAUUUAUGGUCUUUUCUUGCUUAUUUCAAGGUUGGUAGCAUAGUUCCAGUGCUAGCAAACAGCAUUCAGCUAGAACAGUUCUCAAGGAGACUCUCAGCAUUUCCUUUAAGACUUACAUAAUUUAUUUCUAUUUUGUGUGUACUAUAGUCUUGUGCAUAUGUAGUUGAACACAUAGUGGAAUAUAUGUCUCUUUGUGGAUGUGUGACCUAAAAAUCUGAAUGUCUGGUGAGAGAACCAUGUGUACAGGUCAGAGAAAAGAACAGCUCUCCAUGCCUGACCAGUGCCUGUGAUUUGUUUGCAUUUGUGUUUAUCUGGCCUGGUGUGCUGUUACCUUGAAACAGAAAGAAGUUUUGCCUUCUGGAGGCUCUUCUCAUGAGUCCAGUGUGGCAUGUCAGAGAACACUUAGCUGUGACAUUGCCCUUUUAAAAAGUUUACUUCAUCUGCAGUAAAUCCAACUGCUUCAAGAACUCCUUCACCAGGAUGGACUUCAGAAAUAGGACCAAACAUCUGCUCACUCUGGUUAUACAUGGGGUCCAAACAAUGCAAGGAUGGGUAGAAUAUCCGUAAUUCAAGUCAAGACAGAAAUGGAAUGGAACGUGGACAUACUGUUUGCACUACCCCUUUCUCUUUGCUUAUUGUUGGUUGCUUUAAAGUUGUUUUCAGUGCAGUGCUUGUUAAAUAAAUAUUGUGAACUAUUUUGUAAAUGAAAUGUAUUAUGUUGAAAGCUGUCAGCAGCUGUCAAAAUAAGCUUUUUGUUGUUGUUGUGAAAGACAAAGUAUGUUAGAUGAACCCCCUCAAAAAAGAAAAAAAAGCCAAAAAACUGUUUUCAUAUAUAGCACCUCUUUAUAUAAUCUUUCUUUAAGAUUUCUCUUAGCAUAGCCAUUUCAGUGCUGUGGAAGAAUCUCUGUGUAACAUUUGUCAUCCUAAUGGCUUGCUAACGAAACAAAUGGUAAAAGUACAAAGUAGGAAGAUGUGUCAAGUAACUCCGGGAGACUCGCUACAAAGCUUCGCAGACCGCUAGAGGCUCUGCCCUCUCGCUGUUCCUCCCAACCCCCUUCUCCUCAUCCAUCGCCUACUCUGACUUGUCUUAUUAUGAGCAAGCUGCACCUUUGGUCACUCUUGGAAUGUUUUUGACGAUAGGGUGUCACAGGAAGAAAAAGGAGUUGAUGGAAAACGGACUCUUAAAAACUGACGUUUGUAUCAGUGCUAGAGGGAACAGAUUGUGAAUUUUGUUUACAGCAUCCAAUAUUUGGAUUUUUGUUUUUGUAAAUAAAAAGAAGUUAUUUUUUUCUA